AGGUACGGGCGGUAUGCGGGGGAGGGGCGUCACCUGAGGGCGGGGCUCUCAGGUCCUGGGGGUCCAUUGUUGGCGAACCCCAACUUCCGAUACGACCCGGAGCUGUUCCUGCAGUUCCGGAGACAAUUCAUGGGUCUUGGGGCCACCGAGGCGCUGUCCCUGACCACUAGCACAAGACCCCUUUCUAUCGUGCCAGUCCUGUGGUCUCUGCACCUCUCCAGCUCCUGCACCCCCGGCCCCCGGGGUUCCCAGGCGUACAAUCGCGUGUCCUGGGUAGCGUGAGGACCCACGGGGCUGGGCAGGUGCCACGAGUCCACCGCCUCUUCUCCCCCGCCCGCCGCCUCUCCUCCUCCCCCGCCCGCCGCCUGGCCCUCCCCUACCAGGCUGAGCCUCUGGGUGCCAGAAGCGCGGGGCCUCUGGGAGAAUACGUGCGGUCGCCCGCUCCGCGUGCGCCUACGCCUUCUGCUCCAGUUGCUUUCCCAAUUGAGCGGAAAAGCCGGGGCAUGUUGCCGGGGCCCUGGGCGGGACGGUUGUGCCCUGCAGCCCGAAGCCCGCCGGGGCACCUUCCCGCCCACGAGCUGCCCAAUCCCUCUGCUUGCGGCCCCUGCCAACGUCCCACAGGUUGGAAACCAGACCCUGCAGCCCCCAGCUAGCCCGAAGGAAGCCCAGACUGACAUCGCAGGGUAAUGGGGACCCAGAGGUAGCUCUGUGGGGCCCCAUCAGGACCUCAGCCCUUAGCGGGGCUUUCUGUGUGACACCGUGGGACCGUCCCCCUUGCAUAGAAUUACAAGGGGCAACUGACACUGGGUCCCCUAGGAGCCUCCCCAGGCUUAAUGAUUGUCCAGAAGGUGGCUAUAAAGGGAGCUUGGGAGGCAGGGUGGAGGAGGGAGCAGAAAAAACCCAACUCAGCAGAUCUGGAAACCGUGAGAGCGGCAAGCAGGAGCUGUGGUCAGAGGCUGUGCGUCUUGGCUGGUAGGGCCUGCUCUUUUCUACCAUGGCAGCCCAGGGCUAUGGCUAUUAUCGCACUGUGAUCUUCUCAGCCAUGUUUGGGGGCUACAGCCUGUAUUACUUCAAUCGCAAGACCUUCUCCUUUGUCAUGCCAUCAUUGGUGGAAGAGAUCCCUUUGGACAAGGAUGAUUUGGGGCUCAUCACCAGCAGCCAGUCGGCAGCUUAUGCUAUCAGCAAGUUUGUCAGUGGGGUGCUGUCUGACCAGAUGAGUGCUCGCUGGCUCUUCUCUUCUGGGCUGCUCCUGGUUGGCCUGGUCAACAUAUUCUUUUCCUGGAGCUCCACAGUACCUGUCUUUGCUGCCCUCUGGUUCCUUAAUGGCCUGGCCCAGGGGCUGGGCUGGCCCCCAUGUGGGAAGGUCCUGCGGAAGUGGUUUGAGCCAUCUCAGUUUGGCACUUGGUGGGCCAUCCUAUCAACCAGCAUGAACCUGGCUGGAGGGCUGGGCCCUAUCCUGGCAACCAUCCUCGCCCAGAGCUACAGCUGGCGCAGCACGCUGGCCCUGUCUGGGGCACUGUGUGUGGUUGUCUCCUUCCUCUGUCUCCUGCUCAUCCACAAUGAACCUGCUGAUGUUGGACUCCGCAACCUGGACCCCAUGCCCUCUAAGGGCAAGAAGGGCUCCUUGAAGGAGGAGAGCACCCUACAGGAGCUGCUGCUGUCCCCUUACCUGUGGGUGCUCUCCACUGGUUACCUUGUGGUGUUUGGAGUAAAGACCUGCUGUACUGACUGGGGCCAGUUCUUCCUUAUCCAGGAGAAAGGACAGUCAGCCCUUGUAGGUAGCUCCUACAUGAGUGCCCUGGAAGUUGGGGGCCUUGUAGGCAGCAUCGCAGCUGGCUACCUGUCAGACCGGGCCAUGGCAAAGGCGGGACUGUCCAACUAUGGGAACCCUCGCCAUGGCCUGUUGCUGUUCAUGAUGGCUGGCAUGACAGUGUCCAUGUACCUCUUCCGGGUAACAGUGACCAGUGACUCCCCCAAGGAUGUUGCUUUCUGGACUCUGGCUCUUCACCCUCUCGCGGAGCUCACAGGCUUUACAGAGCAUGAGCUCUGGAUCCUGGUAUUAGGAGCUGUAUUUGGUUUCUCCUCGUAUGGCCCCAUUGCCCUGUUUGGAGUCAUAGCCAAUGAGAGCGCCCCUCCCAAAUUGUGUGGCACCUCCCACGCCAUUGUGGGACUCAUGGCCAAUGUGGGCGGCUUUCUGGCUGGGCUGCCCUUCAGCACCAUUGCCAAGCACUACAGUUGGAGCACAGCAUUCUGGGUGGCUGAAGUGAUUUGUGCAGCCAGCACAGCUGCCUUCUUCCUCCUACGAAACAUCCGCACCAAGAUGGGCCGAGUGUCCAAGAAGGCUGAGUGAAGAGAGUCCAGGCUCCGGAGCACCAUCCCACGGUGGCCUUCCCCCUGCACGCUGUGGGGGAGAAAAGGAGGGGCCUGCCUGGCUAGCCCUGAACCUUUCACUUUCCAUUUCUGCGCCUUUUCCCUCACCUGGGUGGCACUGGAAGUUAUCAGUGGCUAGUGAGGUCCCAGCUCCCCGAUCCUAUGCUCUAUUUAAAAGAUAACCUUUGGCCUUAGACUCCAUUAGCUCCUAUUUCCUGCCUUCAGACAAACAGGAAACUUCUGCAGUCAGGAAGCCUCCUGUACCCUUCUUCUAUUCCUAGGCCCUGUCCUGCCCCCAUCCCCACCAGAAGUGAGGCUAUCCCUGCAGCUGCAGGGCACUAAUGACCCUUGACUUCUGCUGGGCCCUAAGUCCUCUCAGCAGUGGUCAACUGCUGUUGCCAAUACCUCAGACUCCAGGGAAAGAGAGGAGGCCAUCAUUCUCACUGCACCACUAGGCGCAGUUGGAUAUAGCUGGGAAGACAAGAUGACUUGUUAUAGAAGAUUAAAACUAGAUUUGAUACUGAA